UUCCAUUUAUAUAUAUUUAUUAUUAACUUUUAUAUAUUUAUAUUUUAAACGUUAAUUUACACACUUGAUAUACGCGUAACACGACUAUUCUUCGUCGGUGGGGUGUGCUUCACGAACGUGUGCGAGAAAGCAGCCUUUGUGCACGCCGAGCCCACAAGUACUGUAUUCAUCACCACUUCUACACAGCUUUUUGAUACAGCCAGAGUAUCGACAGUACUUGCGGGCGAACCUCAAACCUGUCACAACUUUGUUCACCUUCCUUGUUUUUUUUCACACUUCAUUUCCUUUAUCGGUGUUGUGUGUGCGCCAAUACCAGAUAAAGUUGAGACAUGCAUAUACACAGUUGCGAACGUCAGUGAUUCUGUUUCCCGUUUUAGAAAUCAUUCGCGAAUACUUGAUGGAGGAUCCUCUGAUCUACCUUCUCCUGAGAGUCCGUGUGUGUACUUUUAUACAACACAGAACAUGCAUCAAUGAUGAUACACAUACCUAACAGUUGUGUAGUACCAACUCGCUAUUCCCGCGUAAGGACUUCGAGCUUCUUGUCUACGUUUUGUGUAUCUUGCUGAUGUCUGUUGCGACGAUCGACUAAAUUGAUGUAGCUGGAAUACUGUUCAACGACGUGAGGCUGCCUACUUCAUUGCUACAGAAGAUCCUUAGAUAGGAAGAGACCGAAACGUAAAUCUCGGUGACCCGCAAGUCACCAGUGUAAAACUGAAUGCCAAGUUCAAAAAACUCACAGACCCCACUAAAAAGUCACAUAGUUUCAUACCGGACCUGGAGUUUAGAUUUUUUUUUUCUCGAAAACAAAAUCCCAGUGGGGAGUUUGGGGACCCACAGUCCCACGACCCACAGACCACAGUCCCACAGCCUCCGAAAAAUGUCGGGCCAGGCUGAAUCCCCAACUAAAGCGCUCGUCCCCAACGACUCCUUGCACAAUGACCAAUGGAAAUUGGAUGUACAAAAAUCUAUCACAGACCUGUCUGCCCAGGUCAAUACUCUACAGGCUAAUCUCAACCAAAUGUCGGGACCGGCCCUACCAACCCUGGACAAAAAUGGGCCCAUCUCUAAAGAGCCUCUGGCUGACGACCAAUGGAAAUCAACCAUGCACCAAAUACUCUCUGAACUCUGUGCUAAAGUGAACAACCUCGAAUCCGAACUCCGAGACCUUAAAUCCCAAACCUGUGCACCUCUAAAUGAAUGCACACCCAACACCUUCCUGUUUGGCUCCACAAGACCGCCAGCUCCGCCAGCAAAAAAAGACCGAGGCCACAGGCGCCCGUUAGCAGCAGUGAGCCUCCCAGCUACCGCUCAAAAGUGGGCAACCCCACAAAACCGACUCCCCAAAAAAGCCCCGAUCUCACCGACCUCUCAGUCCCUACUGCAGCCGCCAGUACCCGCACACUUUCUGACGAAAGUGAUGGGCCGCCCGAUGCUGGACAAACUCUCCACGGAAAUGGAUGACAUUACUCCGGUAUGGCUCUUCCUUCGGGCAAUUUUUCCCAACGGCAAGCCCCCAUCCUAAUCAGUAUUUGAAAAAUACUGGCACGCCCAACCGCUCCUCAAUCGCCACCACUUUGUGUUCCCAAUGACGCUGUCGCCCAGAUGAAACGACAUGCAAAAAAAACCAGACCCCCGCUCCCAACAACAUCCUGACGCUACGAAAGCAGCCUUAAUCCACUAUCUCCGCACCAAGCGGGAGGACCGCUGUACACGUGAACAAGCACCAAAAUUUCUUGCUCGUAGCAUGGAUGCUUUACUGGACCCCCUUGUUAAUUCCACCAAAGCAUAUAUUCUACAAUGUAUCACGGACCGGCUCCAGAAGGCAUAUCAAGCAAAACAUAAUACAAACCGCUUGUCACCUAACCCACGAAUCCCGACAGGCGCUAACACACAGCCAGAAAGUGCGCAUCCCGGACGACCCCACGUACCAACGGUCUUCCCCGCACAGCCUCAACCUUCCACCGCAGACUCUUCGACGACAGAAACCGAUAUAGAAAUGGCUGAUAUCAACAAGAAUAGGGCCCAGUAGUAUUGACCGAGGAUGAACAAUGUAAAACUUCGAUGGAAAUUACUAGGUUUCAAGCUAUAUUAAGCUAAAGUACAAUUUAGUCAGUUAGGAUUUAGC